AUGCAUAAACAUGGACUCAACAUGGCCGCGGGCUCGAGCUUACAGGAUCAAGCACUGAAAAACCACCUCCCAGCUACCCUGAAGGGACUUAAAAGGCAUGCCGUGGCGGCUGAGAGCCAGUGGGGCUGGAUCUUAGAAAAGCAGGAGACUUGUAAAUAUUUCAUAAACUUUACUCUGGGCGCCUGCCCUGGCCGAGAGCCCAUUCGAAAAAUUGAUGGGACCAACGAGGAGGGAGAUACCAUUGAGCUGAAUGAAGAAGGACAGCCCGUGCGGACAUCCAGAACACGCCUCCCUGUCUGUGACUGCAGCUGCUGUGGCAUCCCCAAGCGGUACAUCAUCGCUGUCAUGAGCGGCCUGGGAUUCUGCAUUUCCUUUGGGAUUCGGUGCAACCUUGGAGUGGCCAUUGUGGAAAUGGUCAACAAUAGCACUGUGUAUGUGGACGGGAAGCCAGAAAUUCAGAUGGCGCAGUUUAACUGGGAUCCGGAGACGGUGGGCCUGAUCCACGGAUCUUUCUUCUGGGGUUAUAUUGUAACACAGAUUCCGGGUGGCUUCAUUUCAAACAAGUUUGCUGCUAACAGGGUCUUUGGAGCUGCCAUCUUCUUGACAUCGACUCUGAACAUGUUAAUCCCUUCUGCAGCCAGGGUGCAUUACGGCUGUGUCAUGUGUGUGAGGAUUUUGCAGGGGCUGGUGGAGGGUGUGACCUACCCAGCAUGCCAUGGAAUGUGGAGUAAAUGGGCACCUCCCCUGGAGAGAAGCCGUCUUGCCACAACUUCUUUCUGUGGUUCCUAUGCUGGGGCAGUGGUUGCUAUGCCCCUUGCGGGGGUAUUGGUGCAGUACAUUGGCUGGGCCUCUGUUUUCUACAUUUAUGGUAUGUUUGGGAUUAUUUGGUACAUGUUUUGGCUGCUGCAGGCUUACGAGUGCCCAGCAGCUCACCCAACAAUAUCCGAUGCAGAAAGGACCUACAUAGAAACAAGCAUAGGAGAAGGGGCCAACUCGGCCAGUCUGAGUAAAUUCAACACACCAUGGAGAAGGUUUUUCACAUCCUUGCCUGUCUAUGCCAUCAUUGUGGCAAACUUCUGUAGAAGCUGGACCUUCUAUUUGCUCUUAAUAAGUCAGCCUGCUUACUUUGAAGAGGUCUUCGGAUUUGCAAUAAGUAAGGUGGGUCUCUUGUCGGCUGUCCCACACAUGGUGAUGACAAUUGUGGUACCCAUCGGAGGACAACUGGCUGAUUAUUUAAGAAGCCGAAAGAUUUUGACCACAACCGCUGUCAGAAAGAUCAUGAAUUGUGGAGGCUUCGGCAUGGAGGCAACCUUGCUCCUGGUGGUUGGAUUUUCCCAUACCAAAGGAGUGGCUAUCUCCUUCCUGGUGCUUGCUGUAGGAUUUAGUGGCUUUGCUAUUUCAGGUUUCAAUGUCAACCACCUGGACAUUGCUCCACGAUAUGCCAGCAUCCUCAUGGGGAUCUCCAAUGGCGUGGGGACCCUCUCUGGAAUGGUUUGUCCCCUCAUUGUUGGGGCAAUGACCAAGCACAAGACCCGGGAGGAAUGGCAGAAUGUGUUCCUCAUAGCAGCGCUGGUGCACUACAGUGGAGUCAUCUUCUAUGGGGUCUUUGCUUCUGGGGAAAAACAGGACUGGGCCGAUCCGGAGAAUCUCUCUGAGGAGAAAUGUGGAAUCAUUGACCAAGAUGAAUUAGCUGAGGAGACAGAACUCAACCACGAGGCUUUCGUAAGUCCCAGAAAGAAGAUGUCUUAUGGAGCCACCACCCAGAAUUGCGAGGUCCAGAAGACGGAGUGGGGACAACAGAGAGAAGCUGCCUUCGAGGGGGAGGAGCCAUUAUCCUACCAGACCGAAGAAGGAGACUUCUCAGAAACAUCCUAACGUCCAUCUUUCCCUCAGCUUACAACCGGAUGUAGCCACACCCAUCGCCUUUCCCAUACCUCACCUUGCCAGGGGACCAAAUCAUGGGAAAGGGGGGAGAUUAAAUCAACAACAAAGGAAAGAGAAAUGCCUUCUUACAAGGAUGGGAAUAUGGAUCUUGGUCUCAGUUGAUAAAAUAGUUGAUAAUAUUUUGGAGGGGGGGGUAGAUUGGACAUUGGCCGUUGAGCCUUCUCUCAAAAGAACUAGUUAUUCAGGAAGAAAUGGCUAGAAGUAGCUCAUUGCUCAAAUAAACACUGGAAGAAAGCCCUCUUUGGUCUGGAGAAGAGUACAUAGUGGUUGCCACCACAUCUCCUAGGAUAUCCAUGCAGAGGAGAGUUUCCUAAACCUAAUGAAGGGGAUCACUCAUGGGGGCCCUUGUUCGUGCCAGGUGCUUUAUGAACAUUCUUCUUUAACCCCACACCCUCCCUAACACAGUUAGGAUACUUGUUUUACAACUAAGAACACUAAAACAAUCAGUUGACCUACCCAAGGUCAUCCUCUCAGGGCCAAGGCUGAGACUGGCAGGUGAGCAGGAGUUAUAGGAAGGCAAGAAGGAAGGAAGGAAGGAAGGGUCUAGCUCAGUGUAGGAACAUUUUCAAUAUCAAAAACUAAACUGGAAUCAGCUAUUUUAUGGGUAAUUCCAUGUUUGGUCAAGGGUAUGUGUGUGUGUGUGUGUGUGUGUGUGUAUGCUUGUACUAUGUAAAUAUUUAGACUAGUGUGGCAGAAGGAAUUCAAACAUGGGACAUUCUAGCAAAGACCCUCAAGGUGUUAUAUUAAUUGUUGGACCAAACAAUUUGGUAAAUCAAUGGCUUUUUUAAAGUCAUAGAUUAGUAAAAUAUAUAAAGCUAAGUAAGACUGCUCAGUUUCCAGGAAUGGUUGAAAAGAAGCAUAUGAAAGACUGGCCAUUAAAUUAAAACUCUCUACAUUAUCAAGAAUUUGGCUAAGUAAUCCCAGAACUCAGUAGGCAGAGGCAGGCAGAUUUCUGAGUGCAAGGCCAGCCUGGUCUAUAGAGUGAGUUCCAGGAUAGCCAGUGCUACACAGAGAAACCCUGUUUCGAAAAAAAA